UACCGCAGAAAUAAAAGGCUGGAGGGAGGGAGAGGGGGGGAGAGAGAGAGAGAGAGAGAGAGAGAGAGAGAGAGAGAGAGAGAGAGAAAGGAAAACCCUAAUGUGCUCCGGAGCAAAGGGGAGUAUCCCGAGGUGAAGAGGAGAGAUAGGGAGCGGACAGGGGACGGGAGAGACAGAUAAAUAGCAGCAGAGGGGAGGAGAAGGGACACGGGCAGCUGCAGCCGGGCGAACGUGUCCAACGCGGGAGUUUGAUCUCACUUAGGUGACAUUGCAAUUGAGGCUGCUGGUGACUGCGCCAAACACCCGCGCUCAUUUGGGGAUUUUUCUGCGCCCGCACGUCCAACUUUUCCGUUCCUCCCCCUCGUUCGCUGGCUCGCACCGAGGCUCCCCCGCUCAUCACCUGGACAUCGACUCGUAUCCCCUCGUACCGCGCAACGCCGCACCGCGGGUCAUCUGUGAUGGGGGCAGCGGCCGAGGUGGGGAGUUUCGCCAACGGAUUUCUGGACAGCUUCGGACCCGCUCCGGCUCCCGUCGGCUCCCAUUUCGUUCUCACCCCCGCCGGGGCGGUGGACUACAACUCGGUCACCGGACUGAUGAUGGGGGCACAGGCGCAGCAGCAGGAGCACCUCGUGUCCGCGGAGAGGCUGUCCCGGAGCCUGGCGGACCUCAGCCACCUGAAGGGGAUCCUGCGGCGGCGGCAGCUCUACUGCAGGACCGGCUUCCACCUGGAGAUCCGUCCCGACGGCGCGGUGCAGGGCACCAGGAAGGACCACAGCAGAUUCGGUAUUCUGGAGUUUAUCAGUCUAGCUGUAGGACUGGUCAGCAUCAGAGGGGUUGACAGUGGCCUCUACCUCGCCAUGAACAGCAAGGGAGACCUGUAUGGAUCGGAGAAGCUGUCGGCAGAAUGUGUUUUUAGGGAGCAAUUCGAAGAAAACUGGUACAACACGUACUCCUCCAACAUCUACCGGCAUGGAGAAAAAGGAGCAUUCUACUUUGUGGCCCUGAACAAAGAUGGGACGUCCCGGGAUGGAACAAGGUCGAGGCGACACCAGAGGUUCACUCACUUCUUGCCGAGGCCCGUGGACCCGGAAAGAGUGCCGGAGCUGUACAGGGACAUACUGGGCCAGAGCUGAGACUGAUCGGGGGCAUUACUUUGACCCUGUCAGAGCCGGUCUGCGCUGAAAAGCAAACCAAGUGCACGCAACCCGACCCCUUCUCGAGAAAGAUGGGAGAUCUUGUCGAUCUGGACAAAACUAGAUCAGAAAAACGUGCACCAAAUCAACACUCCCCCUCACUGGAAUGGCAGAAGGAAGCAGAUCUUCUUUGAACCAGACCGAAGGAGGAGUUUGACUGAACGGCACCAAGGAUCUUCUAUGGAAGAUGUUAAGGCCCCAUGACGGACAGAAAGGCUACCUUGUCGCUUUAUUGGCCUAUGCAAAGGCCCUGGUGGUCAAACAGAUAUACAGUAAAUUUCCUAUGAGUUGCCACUUAUUAAAUCCAAUUACCUGCUGGUCCAACCUGCAUGUUCAAGAGGAUAAGUUUGGAAAUCAUAGUUGAGAUUAACAACUGGCUGCUAUUGUCUUUCUACUGCUGUGGCUGCUGAGGCUUACCAUGUUCACUGUUUUCAGUAGGGCUUUUUAUUUAAUUAUAAACACGACUGUGGCUGCUAUGUAAACGAUUUAUUUUAAUAUACGUGAUCCACUGUGCAGAGUGGCUGGUUUACACUUAAAGGUAGUUUCAUGCACUGGAAAGCAGCCAUGUUUGUUCUGGGAAAUGGAUCUGCAUCGGGAUGACUGUUGUGACGACCUGGAUGGACUGACAGGAGGUGCUCAGAAAGAAUGUGACUUUUAUACAAAGUGCACGAGGAAUAAGAGAAGACCGGGUCCUAUGGCGUUUUAUAUGGACUUCUUCUGUGGUGUCCCGUGGCGGAAUACUGAACACUCUGCUCUGAUGACGCCUUCCAGAACCCAGUGAAAGACUUCAGUUGUUCACCCACUGUCUGGGCGGAACCGACAAGGACACCUUUACAAACAUGCUGACAGAUUUUAUUCUUAUUUAUGAGGUUUUGUUACCUAGGACAUACAGUAUAUUUAUUUCAUAUAUUUAUUUAUUUUGGAGAAUAUAUUUUUUACAGGUAUGAGAUAAAAUAAAAUAAAAAAGUAU